AUGGCUGAGGCCCAUCAGGCGGUGGGCUUUGAGUUCACCGUACGUCCAGACGGAGUGGACAUCAAGCUGAGCCGAGAGGUCUUGAAGAAUAUCUACUUGUCUGGGGUCACCGCGUGGAAGAAGCGGGCCAUUAGGUUCAAGAAUGGAGUGUUGGCGGGGGUGUACCCGGCCAGUCCGUCCAGCUGGCUCAUCGUGGUCAUCGUCAUGAUGAGCUCUCUGUACACGCGCAUCGACGCCUCUCUGGGAAUGAUCCACGUCAUUAGAGAUACGCUUCCGUUCACAGACCAACUGUCGCUGCAGACCAGAGCAGUGCUGGGGGCCAUCCUGUUUGCCACCGGGCUCUGGCUCUUCCUCAUCUUCCUCCUCAGAUACACUCUCAAAGCUCUUCUGUCCUACCACGCCUGGAUCUUUGAGUCACACGGGAGGAUGAGCACCUCCACCAAAGUCUGGCUGAGCUUAGUGAAGAUGUUCUCUGGUCGCCGUCCGCUUCUGUACAGCUUCCAGGCCUCUUUACCCAGACUGCCCGUGCCCAGCGUGGAAGAGACCAUUCAGAGGUACCUUGAAUCAGUGCGCCCUCUGCUGGACAACGACAAGUACAACCAGAUGGAGAUUUUAGCCAACGAGUUCAUGGACACCCAGGCCAGCCAGCUGCAGCGAUAUCUCAUCCUGAAAUCCUGGUGGUCCAAUAACUACGUCAGCGACUGGUGGGAGGAGUACAUCUACCUCAGAGGAAGGAGCCCAAUCAUGGUCAACAGUAACUUCUAUGUAAUGGAUCUUCUCUACAUAACGCCAACACAUCGGCAAGCAGCCCGGGCGGGGAACGUGGUCCACGCCAUGCUACAGUACCGCCGCAAACUGGAGCGAGGGGAGCACGCACCGCUGAGAGCCCUGGGGACGGUGCCCAUGUGCUCGGCGCAGAUGGAGAGGAUGUUCAACACCACGCGGCUGCCAGGCGUCGAGACCGACAUUGUGCAGCACCUGAACGACCGGAAGCACCUGGUCGUCUACCACCAGGGCCGCUUCUUUCAGCUGUGGCUCUACACCGGGGGGCGCCACCUCUUACCCAGUGAGCUGGAGAUGCAGUUCCAGAGGAUUCUCAAGGACAAGUCCGCACCCCAGCCCGGAGAGCUCAAACUGGCUGCUCUCACUGCAGGGAACAGAGUUCCGUGGGCCCAGGCGAGACAUCAGUUCUUCAGCAGCGGAGUCAAUAAACAGUCGCUGGACGCCAUAGAGUCCUCUGCCUUCUUCCUGUCUCUGGAUGACGAGCCACAAGGAUAUGACCCUUCUAAAGAGCGCUCACUGGACAGCUACGCCAAGUCCCUCCUCCACGGGAAGUGUUACGACCGGUGGUUUGACAAAUCCUUCACCUUAAUCUCCUAUCCCAAUGGGAAAAUGGGCAUAAACACUGAGCACUCCUGGGCGGACGCGCCGAUCGUAGGCCACAUGUGGGAGUUCGUGCUCGCGACAGACUGCUUCCACCUGGGAUACACUGAGGAGGGCCACUGCAAAGGGGACUUGAACAAAGGCCUUCCUUUCCCCACGCGCCUAAAGUUCGACCUGCCAACAGAGUGCCUGAAGGUGAUCGAGUCGUCGUACGUGCUGGCCAAGCAGAUUGCUGAUGAUGUGGACUUCUAUGGAUAUCUGUUUAAUGACUUUGGGAAAGGGCUGAUAAAGAAGUGCCGCACCAGCCCUGACGCCUUCAUUCAGAUGGCCCUGCAGCUGGCCCAGUUCAGAGACCAGAAGGUCUUCUGCCUCACGUACGAGUCGUCCAUGACUCGCAUGUUCAGAGAAGGACGCACAGAGACUGUGCGCUCCUGCACAUGUGAGGCGGUGUCCUUUGUGAGAGCCAUGGAGGACUGCAGGGCCACCAAAGCACAGAGACUGUCUCUGUUUAAGAAGGCUGCAGAUAAACAUCAGAACAUGUACCGAUUGGCCAUGACGGGAGCCGGCAUCGACCGCCACCUCUUCUGCCUCUACAUCGUGUCCAAAUACUACGGAGGCAACUCUCCUUUCCUCAAACAGGUCUUGUCUGAACCAUGGAAGCUCUCCACCAGUCAAACCCCACAGCAGCAGCUAAACUUAGUGGACAUCAAUAAGUUUCCCAAAUACGUGAGCGCAGGGGGUGGAUUUGGACCGGUGGCUGACGAUGGCUACGGCGUGUCCUACAUCUUUGUUGGAGAAAACCUCAUCACAUUCCACAUCUCGUCCAAGUACUCCUGCCCCGAUACAGACUCGUACAGGUUCGGCCAGCAGAUCCAGAAGGCCAUGCUCGACAUCCAAGCACUCUUCUCCACUGAAAACGGUUCGGCGAUCGUUCAGAACGGCAAAAAGCACAUGUAA